CGGCUCCUGGCUCACAUUGCUCGGGCUUGGAGAGCGUGCGGACGCUGUGGGCAAGGCCAGUGCAGGCGACAAGGCAGAGGGAGGAGGCGCGGAGAACGCCGGGUGGCCGGAGCGCUGCAGCCGGCGGCGUCGGGGCCGCGGCCUCGGGCCUUCGCGCGCCUCCUCUCUCUGCUCCCAGGGCGCACGGUGGAGAGGACGCGGGGCCGGCCGCCAUGGAGCCGGCUCCUUCUGCGGGCGCCGAGCUGCAUCCCCCGUUCCUCGCCAACGCCUCGGACGCCUACCCCAGCACCUUCCCCAGCGCGGGCGCCAAUGCGUCGGGGCCGCCUGGCGCACGGAGCGCGUCCUCCCUCGCCCUGGCUAUUGCCAUCACCGCGCUCUACUCGGCCGUGUGCGCCGUGGGGCUACUGGGCAACGUGCUCGUCAUGUUUGGCAUCGUCCGGUACACUAAGCUGAAGACAGCAACCAACAUCUACAUCUUCAACCUGGCCUUGGCCGACGCGCUGGCCACCAGCACGCUGCCCUUCCAGAGUGCCAAGUACCUGAUGGAGACAUGGCCCUUCGGGGAGCUGCUCUGCAAGGCUGUGCUCUCCAUCGACUACUACAACAUGUUCACCAGCAUCUUCACGCUCACCAUGAUGAGUGUCGACCGAUACAUCGCCGUCUGCCACCCUGUCAAGGCCCUGGACUUCCGCACACCUGCCAAGGCCAAGCUGAUUAACAUCUGCAUCUGGGUCCUGGCCUCAGGUGUUGGUGUCCCCAUCAUGGUCAUGGCUGUGACCCGCCCCCGGGAUGGGGCAGUGGUGUGCAUGCUCCAGUUCCCCAGCCCCAGCUGGUACUGGGACACAGUGACCAAGAUCUGCGUGUUCCUCUUUGCCUUCGUGGUGCCCAUCCUCGUCAUCACCGUGUGCUACGGCCUCAUGCUGCUGCGCCUGCGCAGCGUGCGCCUGCUGUCGGGCUCCAAGGAGAAGGACCGCAGCCUGCGGCGCAUCACGCGCAUGGUGCUGGUGGUGGUGGGCGCCUUCGUGGUGUGCUGGGCGCCCAUCCACGUCUUCGUCAUCGUCUGGACGCUGGUGGACAUCGACCGGCGCGACCCACUCGUGGUGGCCGCGCUGCACCUAUGCAUCGCCCUGGGCUACGCCAACAGCAGCCUCAACCCUGUGCUCUACGCCUUCCUGGACGAGAACUUCAAGCGCUGCUUCCGCCAGCUCUGCCGCUCGCCCUGCGGCCACCCAGAAUCCGGCAGCUUCAGCCGUGCGCGAGAGGCCACGGCCCGAGAGCGGGUCACCGCCUGCACCCCCUCCGACGGCCCGGGCGGUGGCGCUGCGGCCUGACCACACCUCUCCCCUGCGCCCCUCAGAGAUGACCACGGAGACUCUGUGGGGUGGAACCACGAUCGAGGACGGGGCAGUAGAGGGUGGGGAGGCUUAGGCCGCUGGAUGGCCCAAGGCCAUCUGUUUUGGAGAAGAGCUGGGGACUUGGGACCAGGUAGUGGCCGUGAGAUGGGGCCUGUGCUGUGUGGUGACUCUGGAUCCAGUGGGGGACGGGUACCUGAUCCAGGCCGCAGGCUGGGAGGGGGUGCAGCUAGCAACUGCAGAAGUGUGGGACCUGCAGCACUGAAACCGGGCCCCCUAAUAGGACCUGUGCAGUGGGCAGAGUCUCAACCUUGGGACAGCUUUGAGUUCUAACUCCCACAGGGCUUUGGGCAUGAAGAUCUGGCCUGGAACCUGAUGAUUUUGCCCCCAGGACCCAGAAGGGACAGUGGUGGAUGGUGGCUUGAAGAGUGAGCUGCAAGCCUGGGUGUGGUGGCGAGGAGCCUCUUGCGGAGGAGGUGGAGAGACAGGACAAGCAGGCUGACUACAGCUCAGGUUUGUCACCAGAUAGAGAGCCUGUGAGCCGGAGGUGGGGCCUCAUGUUUGGCAGAGUACCAGCCCCGAGUUCUAGCAGCAGGUGGGGACUCACUGAGGUCUAGGUCCAAUUUGACAUCUUUAGAAUUAAGGAGAGAAUACAAAAGAAACAGAGAGGGCCUGGGAUUUAGCUCAGUGGUUCCAGCUCCUACCUCAUAAGUGCAAGGUCCUGAGUUUGAUCUCCAGUACCAAAAAAAAAAAAGAAAAGAGAAAGAAACAACAUACCAUUUCACUUGAA